AUGAUUGAGAGUAUCAGAGGCCAUAUCUUGAUUGCUGGUGAAUUGACAAUAGGAAUGAAAAAUGGAUUUAUUGUACUGGUUAACUGCUCUGGUUGGCUCAAAAGGAAUGUUGUCUCCUUGACUGACAUCAUCCUGAUCAGUCGAGCCCUCUCCAAAGUCUGUAUCUUGUAUGUGAUGUUUUUAGAUGGUUUUGCUAUGCUGCUCUCUGCAGAUACAUAUGCCCAUGGUGAGCUAAUGAGCACUUUAGAUGUUUUCUGGACAAUUAGCAAUCAUUUAAGUAUCUGGUUUACCUUUUCACUCAGCAUCUUUCAUUUGCUCAGGAUAGCCAAUACAUCCCACCCAAUUUUCCUUUAGCUGAAGCUAAAGAUUAACAGGGUCUUCCUUGGGAUUCUUCUGAUUUCUUUUCUCAUCUCUUUAAUUAUUGGUGUUUAAUUGAAUGAGGACUCCUGGUAUCACUUUAAGGUCAAUCAUGAAGAAAAUAUAACUUGGGAAUUCAAAGUGAAUAGCAUCCCAAAUGCUUUCAAACAGGUUACCCUGAAUCUGGGGGCUAUAGCCCCCUUUAUUUUCUGCCUGAUCUUGUUACUUUUCUCCCUCUUUAAACACAUCAGGUAGAUGAAACUGGACGCCACAGGGUCCAGGGACUCCAGCACAGGGGCCCACAUGAGGGCCUUAAAGGUAGUGAUCGCCUUUUUGCUGCUUUUGAUUAUGUUCUAUGCAGUCUUCGUAACCUCUAGCUUUCUGAUUCCUCAGGGAAGUUUUGUGAUGAUGUUUGGCGGCAUCAUAACUGUCAUUUUUUCAUCGAGCUAUUCACUCAUCCUGAUAAUGGGGAACAGCAAGCUGAGGGAGGCUUUUCUGAAGGUGCUAAGGAUUGUGAAAGGUUUCCACAAUAUGGAAAUCUUUUGUUCCGUAGAGAAUCAUGACUACAAGGGGAAAGAAGUCAACCAAGACUCUCUCCCUUCUCCCAAUUGA